GUGAUGCGGCGUGAUGUACGGUAACGACACCGAGGAGGUCGAGGGCGACUCCAGGGGACAGGCGCACAUCGCGGCACUCUUCACGCUAUAUAUCCUCGUCUCCAUCAUCGGUAUUAUUGGUAAUGUAAGUUUAAUGGCCGCGUUAGCGUCAAGCGGUGCGUCGCGUCUACGCACGCCGCAACUUCUGAGCGCGUGUGCGGCCGACUUGCUGGUGUGUGCCGCGAGCGCUCCCCUCGCUGCGACCCGCGCUGCUAGGAUACACCACUUGCCGUGCCAAGUCACGCAUUAUAUUGAAUCGUUCCCCGUGGCCGCGAGCACACUGUCACUGGUCGCGAUGGCUGCGGAUAGGUGCGGUGCGGUGCGGCGUGGACGCGGCUCGCUGUGUGCACGCGCCUUUCUUGCUGUAUUCGUUGUAUGGCUGGCGGCAUUAAUACUAGGUGCAAUCACAGUAAUAGCAACCUGCCUAUCGUGCCCACCGCUAGCAGCCGCGCACGCCGUGGUCACCUACUGCAUACCUGUCAUAGCUGUCACCCGCUGCCACUGGGCCGUACGUGUCAAACUGACAGCUCUGUCACUGACAGCUAGAGCCGCGCACGGCGAGCUACCCUUGCCAGUUCCACUAAUACAGAGGCCGUCACACGUUAUCAUAGUAGCGGGAGUUGGAAGAGAGAGAAGAGACGCAGUAGACGUUGGGGAUGUUAGAGCAAAGAAGCUCCAGCCGAGUCUAUUGGGUCCACAACCUCAAACGUCGACGUUGCGUUCGCGACGACGUUUGGGGAACGUUUUAGUCGGGAUCGCUUUGGUUUUCGCGGGUUGCUGGUGCCCUCACGCUGCUAUAGUGAUAUGCAGUGCGUUUGGUUUGAACGCACCUUUGGUGUUGAGUCAGUAUGCGCUUUUGCUCGGUCACGCACAUUCAGCGCUGAACGCUGCGGCUUAUUGGCUGCUGAACAGACAUGCGUUGACCGCUGCUUGCGCUGCAUGGCGUAUACCCCAACUGAGGGUUCGUGAAGAGAGGCCUUCGUCAACAAAUGAAGCGGCGUUGGGAGCCUUCCAUCCCCGUCUCGCACGCCCGGCUCCUUCACCCCGACCACCUCCCUCUAGCUUUCUAUACUGAUGUCCAUCUAUAUACCGUUUCACAACUUAUGGGUACUGUGAUACAUACCAGAUUACCUUUGCAGUCAUUCAUUGCGAUUGAUGUAAUAUACCUAUAAAUAAUA